UCUUUGGAGGCAGAGUUAUCGUGCCCAGUGUGUCAGGAGGUCUUUGAUGACCCCCUGCUCCUCUCCUGUGGCCACAGCCUGUGUGGGCCAUGCCUGGGCCUAGCCUGGGCCUCGUCUCACCUGGGACACCUGGGGAGCCAGAGGGGUCGCUGUCCCGUCUGCAGACGGAGGUCGUCCAGGGAGCUCCAGUGUCUCCCCAUUAACCUGGUGCUCAGGAACGCAUGCCAGGCCUACGUGUUCCACCAGAAAGAGGAACAACAGCACCUCCCCUCGUUACCUUCUCCUUCUCCGCACACGUCUCCUCCUCUCUGCCGGGAACACUCCCAGCCCUUGAGCCUCUUCUGUGAGGAGGAGGAGGAGAUGGUGUGUGUGGAGUGUGUGUCCACUCUGCACCCCACGCACACCUUCAUCUCAAUCAGCAAGUCAGCUGACCAACGCAGGGAUUCCAUUAGAGCCAGGUUGAGGGCCCUGGCUGACAAGUUGGAUAUUGACCAGAUUCGCUGUGUCGAGGCUAUCACUCACAUCAAGGCCCAGUCCGAGCGAACGGAGGGCCAGAUAAAGCAGGAGUUUGAGGAGCUCCGUCGCUUCCUGAGGGAGGAGGAGGAGGCGCGCAUUGCUGCCCUGAGGGAGGAGGAGCAGAGGAAGAGGAGCAAGAUGGAGGACAAGAAAGAGGAGGUCGAGGAGGCUGCAGUGGCCUUGGCGAGGAGAGCUGAACUCAUUGAGCUGGCCAUGGGAGCGGACGAUGUCACCUUUCUACAGAAUUUCAAGGACCUGACACUAAGAGUUACGUCCAGUGUACCUGACCACUCCAUGAGUGUGGGAGCCCUGCUGGACGUGGUCAAACAUCUGGGGAACCUGCGCUACAGAGUCUGGCAACACAUGAGCAAGAUCUCCCCCUACUUCCCAGUGCUUCUGGACCCAAACACGGCCCACCGCUUCCUACAGCUUUCUGAAGAUCUGACCCAGGUGUGGGACAACGGAACCCGAGCUGACCUGCCCGACAAUCCAGAACGAUUCUGGGAAUACGAGGAGAUUCUAGGUUCCGAGGACUUCCGUUCUGGAACGCACUGCUGGGAUGUGGCUGUGGGUGGGGUGGAGCUGUGGAUUGUGGGCGUGGCCACCGAGUCAUGUGACAGGAAGAGGAAGUGCAGGACCGUGCCAGAAGAAGGAUUCUGGGUCAUCCACCACAGGGACGGAAGGUACAGUGCCCUGACGUCCUCAUCUGUGACCAAACCAGUCUACACACAGACGCCUAACCACACACACCAGAAUCCUCUUCAGACACUCCAAACACUGCCACACACACCCCAAACACCACUGCACACGCCCCAAACGCAGAUACACGCACCCCAAACGCAGCGGCACACACAGCAAAGUUCGAACAACACAGCUCGGAAUGCACUUGGCACGGCCCCGAGGCUACAGCAAAUCAGGGUGAAGCUUGACCUGGACGCUGGUCAUGUGACCUUUACAGACCCGGACAGCAACGCACAUAUACACACCUACACACACACCUUCACGGAGAAGGUGUAUCCUUACUUUUACACACAGAGUCAGCAGCCGCUGAAGAUCCUGCCUGUUCAUGUCAAUGUGUCUGUGAGUGAGAUAGCUUAGCUCAUUCAUUCAUUCAUUCAUUCAUUCAUUCAUUCAUUCA